UGGCGCGAUGGCACCCCGACCCGAACGGGACAGCGGAGAAACAAUUGUCCCCACUUUACCUUUGCACUUCAGAAUCAACUGCCAGGUGCUGGAGGGGUCCAUUUUCGGCCAUUUGCACCUGAUUGUUGAUGAUUUCCAUGCCAUUUUUGUCUCUUUUUUUGUCACUAUUCCCACCCUCCUACAACCCCCUCUCACGACAUUGAUCACGCCUCGUCACGUUGAUCGCGGACCUUGACGGCAAGUAUUUGAAGAAGUAUUCUCGGAACUGCGCGCCAUCCUGUGCAUACUCUCAUACUUGGUCGCGUCAGUACCGCACGUUUCCCGUCUUCGCAUUCCAAGGCCAACCAGGAACCAUCGAAAAGCAACAGGCCAUAAUCGCCGAUUCUUGAUGCUUCCCCCGCGCCCAAAACAGGUUCCGCGCCUCUGGAUAGCGUCUCUCGGCCAAAGCUGUCGCCCAUGCGUUGUCAAUAACAUCCGAACCACUGUUGGACGUUGUCGUGGUGCUGUCAGUGUCGGUAGAUAUGUGACCACUCAGACCUCGCGACCUUCCGCCGGGCCUAGACCCCCCAGCGUGCUACUCGCCGUCCCCGCCCGGCCCGUCAUCGACAUCACGCCGUGUUGUCCUCGACUGUUUCAGCUUCAGAUUCGCGGCAAAAAGACCCGGACCGUUGUGCAGUUGAACGAUCUGCCCCUUCCGCCCGUCGUUGAAUCCGCGGUCAACGGCCCUCUUUUAGUGGUGGAGGAGUCAGUCCAGGAAGAAGGCACCUCGACGGCUCGCCGCAAAAGGAUCAAAAGGACGAUUCUGCAGCUGGAUCAGCUACCCGUGUCUCAGACUACCCUAACUUCGGAUCCGAUCCUGGAUGCCCAGAGAGAUGAAAAGCUAAAUCUGGACAUAGAAUCUGCCAAGGUUAAACGGGGCAGGCGGAGGAUCGUCAAGUUGGACGAUUUGUCCACUACGCCUGUUGCUGUUGUCGACGAGGCUCUACUGCCCGUAAAAGAAGCAACCGAAGAAGCAACUGAAGAAGCAGACGAGGUAGAGCAAGAUGAGCCAUCAACCCAGCGUAAAAGAGGCAAGACGAGGACGGUCAGGUUGAAGGAGAUCCCUCAGGGUGCCCUCCUUCCCGACGAGUCUUUCCCGUCACCGCAGCAGGAAGACCAAGAACCGGCUUACCCAGCAGUAAUCCAACAGCAUCGCCAAAAUAUGCAAAAGUUUGACAACUGCGUCUUGCUAACGCGCGUGGGAGGCUUCUACGAGAUAUACUUUGAGCAUGCCGAGGAGGUCGGCCCGCUUCUGAACCUCAAAGUCUCCCAAAAGAAAACGAACGGCGGCCCUGUCCCAAUGGCUGGGUUUCCUUUCUUCCAACUUGAACGUCACCUCAAAGUCUUAGUUCAAGACCUGAAUCGCCAUGUAGCCAUAGCGGAGGAGUACAAGAACUCACCUUCAGAGCAGAUCAAAUCGGGUGGUUUGAUACACAAUCGCAGAGUGUCACGUAUUAUUACUCCGGGCACUCUGAUCGACGAGAACUUCAUGGACCCGUAUGCAAACAACUACAUCAUGGCCAUACACCUGCCUUCGGUCAAAUUGGAGGAAGGCACGAGUUCUCAAGAAGCCUUGAACUCGGGACAAGGCCAAAAGAAGGAGUCCCUUAUAGGUCUAGCAUGGCUAGACUUAUCCACGGGCAACUUCUACACCCAGCAGACAAGUCUGAUAUCCCUAGGCAGUGUCCUCUCGCGGGUAUCUCCGCGAGAGAUAGUACUGGACAAGUCACUGGAGUCUGCUGAAGGACACGAUAUCUUGUCCGUCUUGAACGAGGAGAGAUAUCCCUUCACCUACUCACCGCAAGGCGAGGAUAUACAAACCCUCAAGGACUGGGCGCCGAUGCUGGACGCAAAAAUACCUGCAGAAACAGUAAUCAGAUUCACCGACGAUGAGAUCAAGGCAGGCAACAUCUUGCUUCACUAUGUCGGAGACCGACUUCAGGGCUUGAGCAUGAAGCUUCAACCGCCAACACGCCAUGAUAACAUGCAAAUCAUGGCUAUCGACAAGAACAGCAUGCGAUCUCUGGAGAUCAAGCAGACCAUAAGGGACGGCCUUUUUGCAGGAAGCUUGUUACAUGCCAUGAGACGGACGGUGACCAAGAGUGGCGCGAGACUGCUUAAUGAGUGGCUCAGCGCCCCCUCAACGUCCCUCUCGGUAAUAAACUCCCGUCUCGACCUCAUAACCCGCUAUAUCGAGAACCCGGACCUCAGCGACGCCAUCACGGUCCUCCUCCGUCGCUCCCACGACACCCAGCGUCUCGUCCAAAAAUUUGCUCUCAACCGCGGUGACGCCGACGAUCUCCUCCGGCUCGCCAGCACCAUCAAAGCCACCGAGGACAUUGUCAACCACCUCAAGUCCACCAUCUCCUCAGACAACCCAGACAACGGUUGCUUAACCAAGCUAAUCGACCGCAUAAGCCUCGAGCAACCGCUCAAGCUCGCCAAGCGGAUCUGGGACGCCAUCGACGAGGAAGGACUCGUCCAGCAACAUCAGCUCGAAGACAGCGAGACAGGCGAGAUGCUUGCUCUUGCGCAAGAGAUUGUUAAAGAUGAAGGGACGGAGGAGGAUGGUCGUGCGCUGUUACCCAAGGGGGCGACGGCAAAGAGUAAUAGGGCCAGAGCGGAACUGACCCAAAACCAAAAUCAAAAGGAAAAGGAUAUGUCGAAAGACAACAACAAGAAAAUGAGUCUAAGGACUUACUACGGCGAAGACAACCAGGUCUGGAUCAUGAAGCCCAAGGCCAACAGGGCGUUGGCCAAGCUUCACGCCGAGCUGGAGUCGCUUCAGGAACAAAAGGAGAAGCUUACCGAGGAGUUUCGCGCAAGGUAUGCGGCGCCGUCGCUUACGCUUAAUUGGAAAGCUGGACUGGGCCAUGUUUGCCUUGUUAGAGGGAGGGAUGCUCGACUGGCAGCAGCGGGAGGAACGAGUCAUCGUAGUCGCACGGCAGGAACAAGUGCUGCUACGACAACAUCCACCAACAGCAGCAGCAGCAGUAGCAGCAUGUCCGACCCACUAGACCUCAUCAUCCCCGAUCCCAUCCCAGACACCACCACCACCGACGCCGACCUCACCGACCCCGAUGCUGACCUCGACCCCAACCCCGAGCCCGUCCCAGAACCCGAAUCCCUCUCCACCCUCCGCACCCUCUCCGCCACCCGCACCACCCGCACCUUCCACCACCCCCUCUGGACCUCCCUCGGCGAAUCGCUCGACCACGUGCGCCUCCGCAUCCGCUCCGAAGAAACCGCUCUCUUCUCCUCCCUUCGCUCCAACGUGGUGACCUUGCUGAUCAAACUCCGUCGCAACGCUUUGGUGCUUGACGAGCUUGACAUCGCCACCUCUUUAUCACGGUUGGCAACGGAGCAGAACCUCGUCCGCCCCAUUCUGCACGAUUCCUCCACCACUACCAACGGUUCUCAAGGGACGGGGACGGGGACGAGGACGGUUAUAGUGGGAGGUCGCCACCCCACCGUCGAACCCUCCCUCCUCUCACGCGGGAUGACGUUUCAAAAAAACGAUUGCUUGGUUGGGUCGCCGGGGCAAGGACGGAUCUGGUUGAUUACGGGUCCGAACAUGGCUGGUAAGAGCACCUUUCUGCGGCAGAACGCGUUGAUCACCAUCUUGGCGCAGAUGGGGUGUUAUGUCCCCGCGGAUUAUGCGGAGCUGGGUAUUGUUGAUGCCAUCUUCAGCAGGGUCGGGUCGGCGGAUAACUUGUAUGCGGACCAGAGCACGUUUAUGGUGGAGAUGAUGGAGACGGCGGCAAUAUUGCGGCAGGCGACGCCGAGGAGCUUUGUGAUUAUGGAUGAGAUUGGGAGGGGGACGACGCCGGAGGAUGGUACGGCUGUGGCGUUUGCGAGUCUGCAUCACUUGUUGACGGUGAAUAAGUGUCGGGGGUUGUUUGCGACGCAUUUUCAUGCGGUUGGGGAUAUGGUGAGGGAGCAGGGGAUGAUGGUUGAGGAUGGUGCGAGCAGUGCGAGUGCGAAUGGGGGCGUGGCCAUGUAUUGCACGGAUGUGGAGGAGGAUGAGAGCGGUGGGUUUGUCUAUGUGCACAAGCUGCGGAAGGGCAUGAACAGGCAGAGUCAUGCUCUGAAAGUUGCUCGCCUGGCUGGGCUGCCAGAGCCGGCCAUCAAGGUCGCUCAGCAAGUGUUGGCGGCUCAGGGAGUUGUAGCCUCGGAGUCACGGUAAAACAAAAGGUUCAUUAGAGUCACGGUUGGAAACUUGUAGCAUGGGAAAAAGUUUGGUUUGUUCAAGGAUUUUAUUGAGAGGGUAUCUGAGAGGAUCUAGAUGCAUCUGGAAAAGUAGAGUUAGCCUCUGUAUACCCCAUUUGUAUGAUAGUUGUAGAGCAGGACAAAAAUCGGGGGUGUUUAGGAGUGUCUCAUAAAGUAGUUGUUUGUGAUGGGUUUUCAUCAAUGAUAAUCAGGGUUAAAAAGCUCUUUGAUUUUUUCUAAUCAUCGACACUCCAAGGGAAGGGCAGGAGAGGUGCUGGGAAUGAGAGAAAAGAAAAGACUAACCUGAUGGAUUUGAGAAAACAAGCA